AUUCGGGAGAAACUCGAAAGGCUGGUAUCUAGCAUUCUGUCACAAGCUGAAAAGCGCGACGAACGCUUCAAGAGCACUUUGAUCAAGAGCGGAAGUGUUUACGAAGGAGUAAAAGUCCAUCAACCUGACGAGUUUGACUUCAUGGUUAGAAUCGACUGUCUCACUAACAAACUCCGCCUUUCUCGCUGCGAAAAUAAUCCUGGAUACGUGAGACUCGAUCAGCGAGAUGAGAAAUGGAGGGAAUUUACAGAUGAAAAAGGCUUCUUCAGCCCUAAUAAGCUAUGCCGCCACUUCAAAAGGCUAGUCAACGAAUCUUGCAGUACCAUAGCUGUCCCAAAAGGAAUGACUAUACAAGAACUAGGUCAUAAGGAAGGAGCGUGGGGAGUUGUGUACACUGGUUUAGUUGGAGGCGAGGGCCGCCAGUCUGAGGCAGCUCAGGUUAUGGACAUAGAAUCACACGGCCCAGCUACGACAAUAAAAGUUGUAUGGCACGGUGGUAGCAGUUACAGUGGUUUAUCAAUAAGUGUUGAUUUGACUCUAGCGCUGGAAUACGCCAUUUCAAAUCUUCCAGUAGGGUGGUUGUCAGACAAACUUCCUCAGACUGUAGCCAGUGGAUAUCUUGAAAAGGCUUGUUUUCACGUCGUUCCAGCGGGUUUUGAUAUGUGGCGCAUUUCAUUCUCCACUGCCGAGAAACACAUCCUGUCCGAUACUCCUGACGAGUUUAAAGCAUGUUUCCGAGUACUAAAGUACGUGAGGGAUAAGGCCGCAAAAGAGCUCAAUUUGGACGCAUCAUUGGUUCCGUCUUACAUUUUUAAGAGCGUCUUGCUA